AUGCCUCCCACUCAGGCAGAAAGUGUUAUAAAGAAUAUCAUUCGAGAAAUAGGACAAGAAUGUGCAGCCCAUGGAGAGACUGUUUCUGAAACUCUGGCAGCUUUUAUGGUGAAAGCUGUUGUCUUGGACCCAAGUAAUGGCUUUAACAUGGAUAGAACCCUCAUGAAAAGUGACGUACAGAAACUUGUUAAGCUUUGUGUAUCUCGGUUAUUGGAUAGUAAAAAUCCAUCCCUGGACACCAUUAAGAUGCAAGUCUACUUUGAUAUGAAUUAUACAAGUCGAGAGGAAUUUCUUGAAGAACAUCACCGAAUCCUGGAGUCUAGAUUAGGCUCUGUUAUCAGAGAAAUUACAGAUAACAGAGCAUGCACUAGAGAAGAAUUGGAAAGCCUCUACCGAAAGAUUGUCAGCUAUGUGUUACUACGUUCUGGGCUGGGAUCCCCUACAGAUAUCAAGGUUGUCAGAGAGGCAACAGCUGCCCUACAGAGUAUUUUCCCUCAGGCUGAGCUUGGGACGUUUCUAACACUUUCUAAGAAGGACAAAGAACGCCAACUGAAAGAACUUACCAUGGUUGUUACCGGGAUUCGUUUAUUUAACCGAGACUGUGGAAAAGGAGGAGAAGGCAUUGAUGACUUGCCAGCUAUUCUACAGGAAGCAGUCCCAGCCACCACUCAACACAUCGAUUCCCAACUUCAGAUUGCGCAGGACCAGGCAUACCGCUACACAGCCAUCCUUGAGACAGUAGCAAAGAACCCACUCUUGAGUAUGGAACUUCAGCCAUAUAUGUUAAAAGAAGCACUGUAUAAUAUGCGGCAAUAUGAGACCUUCCUUCAGAUCAUUUUGUCAGAUAUAAUUACCUGUGCUCAAGAAGUAGAAAUGAUGAUAAAGCAGUUAGGAGCCCAACUGGAACAAUUAAAAAUGACUGUAAAAUCAAAGACUGCUGUCCCAACAUCACAAGUCUUUCCCAUCUUCAUUGCACUUUCCAAUCUGUGGACUAGCUUCCAGGAUGAAACUGUUUUGAUUAGUGUCCUCAGUAAUUUGACAACUCACCUUGAGCCAUUCUUGGGUGCUCAUGAACUCCUCUUUCCUGAGAAAGUAAUGCAGAAUCUUCUUGAUGGGCUGACUGUGAAGACUGAUGUGUGUAGGAUGAAGGAACACAUGGAAGAUAGAGUACGUCCGGUGGAUUUCAGAAAACAAGAAUGGCUUUUCCCAGAAACAACGGCCAAUUUUGAUAAAUUGUUAAUUCAGUAUCGAGGAUUUUGUGCUUAUACAUUUGCUACAACAGAUGGUCUUCUUCUUCCAGGAAAUCCAGCAAUUGGAAUUUUGAAAUAUAAAGAAAAGUAUUACACUUUUAAUACCAGAGAUGCUGCAUAUUUAUUUGCAGAAAGUCCUGAAAAUUAUAUGGAUUUAAUUAAGGAAAAAGCAAAAAAAAAUGCAGAAUUAAUUCAGCUACUGGAACUUCAUCAACAGUUCGAAACCCUCAUUCCAUAUUCUCAGAUGAAAGAUGUUGACAAACAUCAUAUAAAACCAAUUACAAAGUGUGAAAGUAGCACACAAACAGAUACGCACAUAUUGCCACCAACGAUUGUGAGAUCAUAUGAGUGGAAUGAAUGGGAAUUGAGAAGAAAAGCUAUAAAAUUGGCCAAUUUGCGUCGGAAGGUUACUCACUCAGUACAAACUGACCUUAGUCACAUGAGAAGAGAAAAUUGUUCACAGGUGUACCCACCAAAGGAUGCCAGCACGCAGUCUAUGAGAGAAAGCAGCACCCGAGUGCCCAGGCCCCAGAUUUACAUAGCUGGUCUUCGUGGGGGACAGGGUAAAAUCACAUAUGGGGUCAAGGUGAACUUAACUAGAGCUGUUGAUGAGACCUAG